AUGUCUGCUCGUCCCCAGAACAUUGGUGUCAAGGCCAUUGAGGUCUAUUUCCCUAAGCAAUGUGUCGAACAAACCGAGCUGGAGAAGUUCGACGGUGUCAGUGAGGGCAAGUACACAAUCGGCCUGGGACAGACAAAAAUGAGCUUCUGUGAUGACCGUGAGGAUAUUUACUCUGUCGCCCUGACCACCCUCUCCUCCCUCUUCCGCAAAUACAACGUCGACCCCAAGUCCGUUGGUCGUCUCGAAGUCGGUACUGAGACUCUCCUGGACAAGUCCAAGUCCGUCAAGUCCGUUCUGAUGCAGCUCUUUGCCGAGAGCGGAAACUUUAACGUUGAAGGUGUUGACAACGUCAACGCUUGCUACGGAGGUACCAACGCCGUAUUCAACAGCAUCAACUGGCUCGAGUCUUCCGCCUGGGAUGGAAGAGAUGCCGUUGUUGUGUGUGGUGAUAUUGCCCUGUAUGCCGAGGGAGCUGCUCGCCCUACUGGUGGUGCUGGCUGUGUUGCCAUGCUCAUUGGUCCCGAUGCUCCUAUUGUUUUUGAGCCCGGUCUUCGCGGCUCUUAUGUCACCCACACCUACGAUUUCUACAAGCCUGAUCUCACCAGCGAAUACCCUGUCGUUGAUGGUCAGCACUCCCUUCAGUGCUACACUGAGGCUGUUGAUGCUUGCUACAAGACCUACGCCGCUCGUGAGAAGACGCUGAAGGAGAAGACUCAGAACGGAACCAACGGCGUGGCCCAUGACGAAUCCAAGACUCCUUUGGACCGCUUUGACUACAUCCUGUUCCACUCCCCUACCUGCAAGUUGGUCCAGAAGUCGUACGGCCGUAUGCUUUACAACGAUUUCCUCGAGAACCCCACCCACCCCGCUUUCGCUGAAGUCGCCCCUGAGCUGCGCGAUCUGGACUACAGCAAGUCUCUCACUGACAAGAACGUCGAGAAGACUUUCAUGGGUCUGACCAAGAAGCGUUUCGCUGAGCGUGUGAAGCCCAGCCUUGACGUUGCCACUCUCUGUGGUAACAUGUACACCGCCACCGUCUACGCCGGCCUGGCCAGCUUGCUCAGCAAUGUCACCUUUGACCCCAGUCAGCCUAAGCGCAUUGGACUUUUCUCCUACGGCAGUGGUCUCGCUGCUUCCAUGUUCAGCGCGAAGAUUGUUGGUGACGUGUCUUACAUGGCUGAGAAGCUCGACCUCCACAACCGCCUCAACGCUAGGAAUGUCUUGGCCCCUCAAGCCUAUGUUGAGAUGUGUGCCCUGCGUAAGCAAGCUCACCUGAAGAAGAACUUCAAGCCCUCCGGUAACACGGAGACGCUCUUCCCCCACACCUACUACCUCACUGAGGUGGACGAUAUGUUCCGCCGCAAGUAUGAGGUCAAGGCAUGAAUAAUGGCUAGCGCUUGAUGUUAAUUUGGACAUGAUGAGUUUCUUUUUCUUCCUUUUUUAGAUGAUUCAUUAGAUUCCCCUCAGGACCGCAUUGUCGUGUUUGGUUGCCUUGAUAGAGUUCGGAAACUGGGUUAUGCCUACAAACUGUCUCAGUCGAUUCUAUUCCCUUGUCUCUCUUGCGCUGGGUUCUCAGGAGGAGCCCAGAAAGGAAAAUAUUUUCUUGUUUUUAGGAACGGGCAUGAUGCUGAUGUUCUUUCCUCCCCAAGAUGGCGCUGGAAUGUUUCGGAUUUAUGAGAAGAUCUUAUUUAUUAAUUAAACAUAUUA